AUGGGCGAGAACGUGAAAGUGGAAGCGGACUUUUUCCAUAUUAGCAGCGAAAAAGUUUCCAACUUAUUUUGGAGACACAAAGUAUUUCAAUGUGUAUGCCACAGGGCACGCUGUCUCAACCGCCCGUCCCUGACCACGCCCACGCCCACGCCCACGCCGCCCACGCCCGAGUAUCGCGUGUCCGCCAUCCCGUCGCUGGUGCUCCUGGACAGUCGCAGCGGCAGGGUCAUCACCAAGGCGGGUCGCGAGAUGGUCAGCAGCGACCCCGAGGCGCUGACCUUCCCCUGGCGACCUCGGGCUCUGGGUGACCUCUUGGCGGCCACGAGUCUCGUCGACCCCCAGGGGCAGGUGGUGGCCUACGACGCCAUCAAGGACGCCUACAAGAGCCUCUACUUCUCGGCGCACUGGUGCCCCCCCUGCAAGGCCUUCACGCCACAGCUGAUCUCCGUCUACGAAAAGAUUAAGAAGAAGGAAGGGAACUUUCAGAUGAUCUUCGUCAGUUCCGACAGGAGCGAGGAGUCGUGGCGGGCGUACCACAGCACCAUGCCCUGGCUGAGCGUGUCCUGGGAGGGCGAGGACGUCCGCAGGGAGCUGGCGACGAACCUGGAGGUGCAGGGGAUCCCGACCUUCGUGGUGUUGGGGCCGGACAACACGGUCAUCACGGCGGAGGGGAGGGCGGAGCUGGCCGAGGAUCCGGAGGCCGAGCGGUUCCCGUGGCGGCCCCAGAGCGUCGAGGUGCUGGCCGAGAGACACAUGGCGCGCCUGCAGGAAUCGCCCUGUCUGGUUCUCUUCACAGACGGCGAGACAACGGAGCUCCAGUUCGGACGCGACGUGUUACUCCCCGUGGCCGAGGAGUACCUGCUGGAGCACGCGCAGGAGGGGAGUCUCACCCUGCAGUUCUUCGUGGCUGGGGAGGAUGAAGUGUCCGACAGCGUGAGGGACUUCGCCUGCCUAGAGGACGUGGUUCCCCUGGUGGCCAUCCUGGACCUCGCGGAAGGGGCCAAGUUCCUGCUGGAGGACGGCGUCGAGGUGUCCACCGCCACCGUGCACAAUUUCGUCACUCGGUACUGCAACGGGAAACUCUCACCGCUGCCCAUUAGACCAGUUGCAAGCAGUGCUACCAACACGAGCUAACGCCAACUGUCUUCUUAAGGCGCAGCAAGAUGACCCCUUCUGUUGGCAACCCUGUGCGUCCACGUGGAGGGGGCUACACUGUAUUUGUUAUUACAUUAAUAACUAUAGACCUGCAUAUCCCGAGGGUUUGCAGAAUAAAUGUUAUCAAUUUCAUUAAUUAUAUAUUACAGUUCUGUUUGGCUUUGAACACCAUAGACUUGCUAAA